AUGACUGUAUUGCUAUACUGGGGCAAUCAUGCCAAAGAUGAAUGUACAUAUGCCGAACUCAAAGAACGCCUCAUAGCCUCCGUUAAGAAGGAAGUGAAACAGCUUAUGGAAGAAGCUGUAACCAAGAAAUACAUACAUGAGGAAAGUAGUUUGGUCACAUCGCUAUGCGGAGCCGUAGAGGCUUGUCUCAGUCAUGGUCUGCGACGACGAGCCUUGGGUCUCUUUAAAACAUCCUCCACCACAGCACUGAUACAGAAAAUUGCCAAAGCCUGUCCGGAGGCUGACUACGUGAGUCGACGUCUCUUGGAGAUAGAAGUGGCCAUUGAAAGUUCAACGGUGGCGGGUAAACGUUCCUGUUCGAGCAGUGAUAGUAUUAUAAAACCAAAACUCCUCAGUAAAGGUAGCAGUAAUUCGGUGACAACGAUAAAUACCAUUUCCAUGGGUUCGCCAGCAAAUGGACCCGUGGUAAAGUACCUGUGGAUUCGGGUGGCUUUAUAUGAAAAACGCUUAUCAAAAAUCAUUGAGCAUUUGGUUAACAAUGCCAAUAAUUACUAUGAUCGGGAUGCGCUGGUCGCAGAUCCCGAUUAUGGUUCCAUAUUAAGUUCGUUACUGGUGGGCCCCUGUGCCUUGGAAUUUACCAGGGCCAAGACAGCUGAUCAUUAUUUUUCAGAUCCACCGGCUGAUGAAUUGAUACAAAGACAUCGCAUAAGUUCCGGUAAUCGUACCCCACCCACCUGUCAUCGACCCAUAAUCAAUUUUAAACGUAGUUUGCACACAAGUUCCGAGGAUACCAGUAGUGGUUCGUUUAAGGCCAGCUCACCGGCCAGUGUGGCCAAGGACUAUGUAGAGUCCUUGCAUCAGAACUCUAGGACCACAUUAUUGUAUGGUAAAAAUAAUGUAUUGGUGUUACCGAAAGAUGUCAGCGAACCCAUGCCGGGCUAUUUAAGCCUUCAUCAGAACAUCCAAUCGUUGACCAUUAAAUGGACUCCGAAUCAGCUGAUGAAUGGUUAUACAGAUAAUGAAGGCUCCGAUCUAACGUCGUAUUGGGCCUAUGCUUUGAAUAUAAAUGUCGAUGAAAUUGUCUAUGUCCACUGUCAUCAGAAUCGUGGUGAAGAUACGGGAGGUACAGUUAUUCUCGUGGGCCAAGACGGUGUCCAAAGACCCCCCAUACAUUUUCCCGAAGGCGGUCACAUGCAAUCGUUUCUCAGUUGUUUGGAAACGGGUCUUUUGCCCCACGGCCAAUUGGAUCCACCAUUGUGGUCACAGCGUGGCAUAGGUAAAAUGUUCCCCUGGCCGAAGAGUGUACGCAGGCGUAUUUUGCCCUCGGUUAUGGAGUCGAGUGAUGAAACACCCAUCGAUUAUGUCUUCCGGGUGGUUAGCAAAAGUCAGCAUGAAGAGUUUUUGGCCACCCAUCCGAUUUUGGAACUGGGACGCACCAGUCCGAGACGCAAACAUUUAGGCAGCUGUUCCACUACUGGGAGUAGUGGUUGCUCGAGCAAAAGUUUAUCAAUGGAGCAGAGCAUAAAUGUUGACCCACCGUUGAUCCAAGCUAGCCAAACUGCUAGCAUCGAAUUGGUCUGUUCCACAAUGAGACGUCAGAUUAUAUCGAGAGCAUUUUAUGGUUGGCUGGCCUAUUGUCGGCAUUUGUCGACAGUUCGUACACAUUUGUCGGGAUUGGUUAAUGGCAGGAUAACCCCAGAUUUGGCAGUCAAUGAAUCCGGCUUAACGAAAGAAAAAUGGAUAGCUUUACACGAGAACGGAGUAAUAACAAGCCACGAGGAAUUAUUCCGCUUGGUUUACUUUGGUGGUGUGGCCCAUGAAAUACGCAAGGAGGUGUGGCCAUAUCUUUUGGGCUACUACAGCUUUGGUUCCACCAUCGAGGAACGUCAGAAAUUAGACGACACCAGCAAACAUUACUAUGAGACCACCAUGAGUGAAUGGUUGGCUGUGGAGGCCAUAGUACGCCAGCGAGAGAAAGAGAAAAAUGCCAAGGCCAUGGCCAAAAUAUCGGCAGAGAAUAAACGUAAAAAUGAGAAACAAGUUUAUCGUCAAACCGAACUGGAUCAGGAUGAUAUGGAUAAUGAUGUGUUCGAUGAUCAUGAUUUUUCGGAUAUUUCUGAUCCGGGUAUUGAUUUUGAUGAUGAUUUCACAGGGCAUAUUCAGGAGGAAAAAGAUUCGGGUAAUUGUGAUGAUGAAGAGUUGGUGGAGGACGAAGUUGAGGGUAUGCUAAGGGAAAAGGAAGAAAAUCGUCGAAAUGAGGAAUAUGUCAAGGAGGUGGGAGAGGAUACAGAUGUGAUUGAGGAUGCAGCAGCUGUGGAGAAUGAGGGAGAGGAGGGAGAGAAGGUUGAAGAAGCUUUGGAGGUUGGGGAACCUGACACAGAAGAUGCAGUGGUAGAAGAAGUAACACAAGCUAAAGAGGAAAUAAUAGAAAACGAAGUUGACACCGCGGUUGAUGAAGCUGAAGCCGAGGCUGAUGACGAGGCUGCCCUGCAAGCAAAUCGUGACAAAAUUAUUGUGGCCCUAGAGGAAAUCGAACCCUUGCCCCUGAAUGAACAAUGUUUUGCCGAAUCGGAACCCGAAAAUGGCUUAACCCCCGAACAGAGCGGCAUGUUACUGCUGAGCAUAAAAAGUUCUCCCUCCACCUCUUCCUACGAAACAGUGGGUAAUGAAUUUACCGAUAUGGUUGAAAUGACAGCCAAUGAACAUGACAUGGACAUGGAAGAAGUGGAAGUCGAAGUAGAAGAAGAAGAACAAGAAGAAGACGGUCUUAGUAAUGUACCCAAGAAAUUCCACAGUCUGGAGGAUGUACGACGAGCCUCUACAGACGAUAUUUAUUCACAGCCCACACAUGCAGUCAUUAUUACGGAAGCCGCUUCCAUUGAUGCUUUGGAGUGUACCGACGAACCCACCGAUGAAACAUCACGUAAAACCAGUUUAAUGUCACCUAUGAAUGAGGAUAUCACCGUGGUGGCAUCCUUGGAUGCACUGCAGGAACCCAAAUCGGCAUGUGUCUCUCCAGCCAGUUCCAAUGGUGGGGUGUAUAGUUGUGAAUUUUUGGAAAAUUUCGCUUUGAAUUUACAUCGCAUCGAAAAGGAUGUUCAACGCUGUGAUCGGAACUAUUGGUAUUUUGCCAAUGAGAAUUUGGAUAAAUUGCGGAAUGUCAUUACCACCUAUGUCUGGGAACACUUGGAAGUUGGCUACAUGCAGGGCAUGUGUGAUUUGGUGGCCCCACUUCUGGUUAUUUUUGAUGACGAAGUUUUGGCUUAUGGUUGCUUCUGUAAGCUAAUGGAACGGAUGAUUGAGAACUUCCCGAAUGGUGGUGCCAUGGAUAUGCAUUUUGCUAAUAUGAGAUCCCUAAUCCAAAUUUUGGAUUCGGAAAUGUACGAUUUAAUGGAUUCGAAUGGUGACUAUACCCAUUUCUAUUUCUGUUAUCGUUGGUUUUUGUUGGAUUUCAAACGCGAACUGGUCUAUGACGAUGUCUUUGCCACAUGGGAAGUAAUAUGGGCGGCGAAGCAUGUUGCCUCCGGACAUUUUGUACUAUUUUUGGCAUUGGCUUUAUUGGAAACGUAUCGAGAUAUAAUACUAUCAAAUAGUAUGGAUUUUACGGAUGUCAUCAAGUUUUUCAAUGAAAUGGCGGAACGUCACAAUGCCCAAUCAAUAUUGCAAUUGUCGCGUAGUUUAGUCCUGCAAUUGCAGACAAUAAUUGAAAAUAAAUAAAU